AAGGAGGCUAGCCUCACUUCGGAGUAACAGAGUGAUAACAAAGGGAAGCGAUUCUUUGACAUUAUUUCCAAACAUCCGAUAGUUAAUUUGCAAACACGUCACAAAACACGUGGUGUUUUUCACAAUUACUCUGGUGUAUGUGACAUCUACGACAAAAACUGAAAAAAUUUCCGUACAAAUAUUUGCUGGCAAUUUUGUCUAAUAAGUAAACCUCUAAUUGGAUGUAAUUAUUUAAAACCGAAAAAUAAGAUUUAAAUACAAAUUUAAAACGAGAAUACCUAGCCAAAGUAUAGAAAAUAAACUUUAUGUCCACAAAUUUACCAAUCAAGUAUUUCUGCAUGGUAAUUGCAUGUAAAGCUUGCAUCAAAACGAAUUUUUUAAGGACUUCGUUAUUUCAUCAUUAAGGAAGCAAUCAAGCACUGAUUAAGAGUAAAAUAAUUUUCGCAGGAUUUAAAAGAGAAGCUUCUUAUAUUAUUAUCAGACAAAGUACUGAGCUCGAAGGAGAAAGAACUCGACAUCAUGAAGAUAUAUCUUGCCAUAGGAUUGAUCCUUAUAGCUUUCACAUCUGCAGCUGAACUGAAGAGAAGUGUAAAGGGUGGGUACCGUUUCAAAAACUUCUGGAAACACAAUCCGUUCGAUUUGCGUAAGCCUAGGCUGUUUGAAUGCACACCAUUCAGCAUGUGUGAACCCGUGUCCGGCAGUGGUAAUUACGUGCGGGACGGAACAAAAUUUGCGUGUUGCAAAUUGUGUGAGAAGAAAUAUCAAAAAUGCUGCGCGAUAAAAAAGAAGCAGGAAAAGAGAAACCAUCGCGCUUAUAGAUGUCGACAAGAAAGUUUCAGCUGUCUCUGUAACUGUCAAUGCACCCUGAAAGGAUGAAGGUGAAGAACGAAAAUAUUAGAACUUGACAAAACGAAGAGAAAAAGUCAUUCGUUUUAUUGUGUAAAAAUACGCGUGUCACACUUGUAGAUUUUAUUGUUAAUAUGAGAUUCCAGAUUCUAGA